UGUUUCGUGCUGGUGUCACAGAUGUCACUGAUUUUGAUUCCACUGUGUGAGUGUGCGUAUGUUUCUAAGUAUAUAUGCAUCUGUGUGUAAAUAUACAUAUAUAACUAGACCUGUGACAGUUGUAGUUAGUAUUCAGAUUAAAUGAUUAAUUUACACAUUUAUAAAAUAUGCUUCGAUUAAAAAGGCACCACCUUGACCAACUCCCUUUAAAAUCCAGUUACAACGCUUUGAUAACAUUACACUGACUGGGCCAUUUUACAUGGUCGUUACAAUUUGUUGUUAGUACUUCUCUUCUUGUAAUGGAGUAUUUUUACCCCAAUGUUGCUGCUACUUUAACUUAAAUGAAUCUCGCAGAUACUUGACCCACUGAAGGGGCAGGAGGGGGAGUGGGGGCAGUUAAAUAUUUUUUUAACCUACGUGAUCUAAAGAAAGAAACAGCAGUGUUGGCGACGCACCGACAGCACAAGUGCAAACAUGAAACUGACUGUGAUCGCUGCAUUAUGCCUGUUUCUUCUUUUCAACAUACAUUUUUCCAUGGCCAAGAAAAGAAUAGGGCUUAAUCUGUUUAAAAAGACUCCCAAAACAAAAACCAAUGUGGACACCAAGUCCAAGGGUAAACAACAGUUCAACCAAGGAGGUUACCCCCAGCAGCCAGACAGACCUGGAGGUUAUCCUUACCAAGGAGGUCACCCCCAGCAGCCGGGAAACCCAGCAGGAAGCUAUCCAGCUGCUGGUUACCCUGCACAGGGCUACCCAUAUGGAAGAGGUUAUGGAGGGUAUGGUGGUCAUGGAGGGUAUCCAGGUGGAUACAUGAACUACAACCCAAACAACAAAAUCCCAAGCCCUCACUAUGGAGGCAGCUUUGGAUACGGGGGCCACGGCGUGAGGGGCGGCUCUCCCUUUUCCCACUCAGUUCAGGGGAUGGGCGUUUAUCCCCAAGAUAGAUCCAGAGGGUUUGGGCGCAGUGCAGUGAUGGCAGCAGCUGGAGGCGCCAUGGCAGGAAUGGCCCUGGGCUACGGGCUGGGGAGGUUCCCUCGUCCUCACUUCAACUUCCACAGCCCCCAGGAGGAGUACUACUACAACCACUACAUGUACAGGAGAUAUGGUGUCAGGUCUACUGAUACCGAUGACUAUGGCAGAGACUACAGGUACAGCCAACCCCCUCAGACCUACGACAGCUUCAUGGACUCGUGCAUGAAGAGAACAGACCUUCUGCCGGUGGAGAAUCGAAAGCCAAAACUCAACCCAGCUGCCACAACCACCAUCCCAGUUACAUCCACAGCCACCACAACAGCUGCUGCACCACAUACUGGCAUUGGCAGCAACACAACAGAGAGCAACAGCAGCACAGCAGAGAACACCUCGACCUCUUCACCUUCAACUCAAAGGCCUCUUGAUGAAUCUGAAGCCAAACCUGUGCCUCCAGUUCCACAGGCUCUCAGAAAAGCAGCUUCUGAUGAGGAUGAUGAUGAAGAUACAGUCAGCAUUGUGGAGAUCGGCUACCCGGCACUGAUCGGACAGAUGAAAGCAAGGAGGUGUGUGGAGCUCUACAUGGUUUACUCUGAAAAGUACUUGAAGAAAACGACAGAGCCUGGUGUCGAUGAUGGGGUGCAGGGACUGGAGAUGUGCUUGCAAGGGUUUUUAGCUCUUGUCACCAGUACCAUAGUGAUGCUACUGAACAGCAAUGUGCUAACAAUGCUGCACCAUUGAAUUUUUGUAUAUACUUUUCCCUUCAGUUUUUGUGUUCUUUUUCUCUCUGUUGAGCUGUAAUUGUAAAAAUGCUGAAUUAAAUUCAAAAGAAGCCACUACAACCUA